ACCGACGUUCAUAUCGCCACGGCUAGGUACCCAUAAACAGCCAGAGGAGCCUCGACAACUCACCUUAUCUGGCCCGCAACAAUCCACAAAGAAGGCUAUUCGGCUCUUUUGUCGUCUCCUUUUCUUUGUGACACCGAAGGUUGGGCGGACAAAAACGCGAUGCCUCCUCAGAUAAAACAAGAUCUUAACCGCUCCGGUUGGGAGUCGACCGACUUCCCUUCCGUUUGCGAAAAUUGCCUUCCGGAUAAUCCAUACGUCAAGAUGCUCAAAGAAGACCAUGGAGCUGAAUGCAAGUUGUGUACCAGGCCGUUCACCGUCUUCAGCUGGAACGCUGACCGGGCCCAUGGGCGCAAGAAGAGGACGAACAUCUGCCUGACGUGCGCAAGGCUCAAGAACUGCUGCCAGACAUGCAUGCUCGAUCUCUCGUUCGGCCUGCCUCUUAUGGUGCGUGACGCCGCCUUGAAAAUGGUCGCACCGGGCCCUUCCUCCGACAUCAACCGGGAAUACUUUGCCCAGAACCACGAGCAAGCCAUCGAAGAGGGCCGGGCGGGAGUGGAGGAGUACGAGAAGACAGACGACAAGGCGAGGGAGCUGCUGCGACGACUGGCGACGAGCAAACCGUAUUUCCGAAAGGGCAAAGCGAUCGAAGGCUCCAGCGGCCUAACGCAAACGAACGCGAAUGCGAAUGCGAAUGCGAAUUCGGCGGCGCCGCAAGGUGGGAACCCUGCAGUGGGCGCAGGCGUUGGUGGACCCGGUCCCAUCCGAACACGAGAUUCCAGGGCUGCGGCCGCUGUGGGGGCCCGGCCGGGCAAAUCCAAGCAGGCCUUCCCCAGCGCUGCGCAGUUGCCGCCCGGACCCCAAGACUGGUUGCCGCCACAGGACAAAAAUGUCAUGUCGUUGUUCGUGACCGGGAUCGAGGACGACUUGCCCGAGUUCAAGAUCAGGGACUUCUUCAAGGUAUUCGGCAAAAUCAAGAGCUUGGUGUGCUCCCACAUGUCGCAUUGCGCCUUUGUCAACUACGAGACCAGGGAGGCCGCCGAGAAGGCGGCAGAUGCUUGCCGGGGACGAGCCGUCAUUGCCGGCUGCCCGCUUCGGGUGCGCUGGGGAGUCCCCAAGGCGGUCGGCACAAUGAACAGGGAGCAGCGAGGACAGAUGCUCAUGGACGUGCGGCGCGGACUGGGUGGCGGCAGGGGAGCAGGCAGGAAUGGCGGCCAGAGGCAGAUUACGGAUGGUCAGGCCGUGGGCGAAGGCGAGAGUAGCUCAGCAGCACCAGUUGCCCCGCCGCCAGGAUCCGGUGACGGCCCACAGUAUGCCAGUCUUUCUGGAGAGUGACUUGGCUCUGACGGAGGGAGAGCAAAAAACUUUUGUUUACGUUUGGAGUUUGGAGUUCGCUCGGAGCAUGGAUAGCAUUCAGGUUUGAAUGAAGUUGCAGCGUAUAUUUGUACAUGUACAGAGGUGAGGGUCAUUACACAUGUAUACCUAGUGUUCACAGGCGGGUAUCAAUGUCUGUUAUCUUGAGGGGAAAAUCGGACGGGCCCUUUUUGUGUCUUCCCUCCCUCAGCUACAUCCGCAACCCCCGCCUAAUGUGGUGCCCUUGCCCGCCUUCUUGAUGGAGUCGUUGUCUCCGCGUUCCGUAUCUUGGUGUAUCC